CGUAGCACAAAACUUUUUUGCGUGCCAUGGAGCCGGGAAACGAUCGCAGGCCAAGUGAUUUGCAAACGGCUGGCCGCUUGUUGAUGAGUUCCAGGGGUGGCAGUGGUGACCAGGAGGCACUACACAGGACACUCUCGAUGCCGAGUUUCCCAAGUACUGGUCGCCGCCACGAGUUUGCCCUCCGUGAGAGAUUGGAUGACUUGCAGGUGUGUUCCUUCCCAAAAGACGUCCAGCUGGACACAGAAUUUGAAGACCGACUACGAUGUUUGGAGUCUCUCUUCAAAAAAGGCACAGCUCCCUUUCUCUACACUUCGCCUCCCAGUACUGGUGGGCGUGCCACUGGCCGGCUCAGUACAUCAAGAGGCUCUCUGGUAUCUCGCUGCUCUACUGGUCGGUUGAUCAAUACGCCACUGGCUACACCUGCGCUGGGCCGGUAGGAUUUGAAAGUGGGUUCAAGAGACCAUUCUCAUCCAUUCUCUGGAAAUGAUAUUUGUGAAGAAGGGUGGAGCGUGUGCAAAAGACCGCU